AUGUCUUCAGCCGCGUCAACAUCUGCCCCAGUGGCUCACAAUGCCGUACCGCCUCCAGCUGCAUCGGCUGCCGGUCGGUCAUCGCGAAUCGCUCCCCAUUCGCACAUAAAAGGGCUUGGACUCACCGCCGACGGAAUUGCCAAUCCAGAUGGUGCUGGUUUUGUCGGGCAAAUAAACGCGCGUGAGGCGUGUGGAGUUAUCGUCGACCUGAUAAAGUCGCGCAAGUUUUCUGGACGCGCUUUGCUGCUUGUUGGUGCCCCAGGGACAGGCAAGACUGCUCUGGCACUGGCCGUUUCACAGGAACUUGGCUCGAAAGUCCCAUUCUGUCCCAUUGUAGGGUCCGAGGUGUAUAGCACGGAAGUCAAGAAGACGGAGGUGCUUGCAGAAGCCUUUCGACGAGCAAUUGGACUUAGGAUAAAAGAGACGAAGGAAAUUUAUGAGGGUGAAGUAACGGAACUGACCCCAACUGAAUCCGAAAAUCCGCUCAGCGGAUAUGGAAAGACUGUCUCGCAUGUGGUCAUUGGUUUAAAAACAGUCAAGGGUACCAAACAGUUGAGAAUGGAUCCUACUGUGUACGAAGCGAUCCUCAAGGAGAAGAUUGUGGUUGGCGAUGUGAUUUAUGUCGAGCACCAAACUGGUGCUGUAAAGCGUGUCGGACGUUCUGACGCGUACGCAUCGGCCUACGAUUUGGAGUCUGAAACCUAUGUGCCUCUUCCCAAAGGAGACGUGCAUAAACGAAAAGAGCUCGUCCAAGAUGUGACUUUGGGUGAUCUUGACGCUGCCAACGCACGCCCUCAGGGCGGACAAGACAUCAUGAGUGUCAUGGGGAGCUUAGUGAAAAGUGGAAGGACGGAAAUUACGGACAAGUUACGAAGGGAGGUCAACAAGGUUGUGCAAGGUUACGUGGACCAGGGUGUUGCUGAGGUCGUUCCUGGAGUCGUGUUCAUAGAUGAGGUCCACAUGCUUGAUAUCGAAUGCUUCACCUAUCUCAACGCGCUAUUGGAAUCUCCGAUGGCACCAACAGUUAUUCUGGCAACGAACCGAGGAAACUCGCUCGUAAGAGGCACCUCGGACAUCGUUUCUCCCCAUGGUAUUCCUGUCGACCUACUGGAUCGGUGUAUGAUCGUCAAAACAGACACUUACACUAGAGACCAAAUUGGCAGGGUAGUACAGCUCCGUGCCAAUGUUGAAGGACUUCGGCUCGGUGAAGGUGUACUUGAGCGGUUGGCUGGGGAGGGAGAAAAGGCAUCAUUGAGAUAUGCGUUACAACUUCUGACUCCUGCUUCGAUUCUUGCGCGCCUUGGUGGACGAACGCAGAUCGAAGUAGAAGACAUUGGGGAGAUGAAUGAGCUGUUUUUAGACGCAAAAACGUCGGCGGGAAUGAUUGAGGAAAACGGAGGAUUUCUUGGUGGAAGGUAG